AUGGACAAAAGCAAAUACUGCGCGUUCCACCAAAAGUUCGGUCACACAACUGAUGAAUGCAUAGUAGCUAAAGACCUACUGGAGAGGUUAGUAAGACAGGGACUAUUAGACAAAUACGUUAGCUCCGGAAGUCAAAAGGAGCCAACCAAGGACAUGGACAAUCUGAGGUAUAACUCGGAUCAUAGAGAAAAAGGAAUAUGGCGUGGCCCAGUGGAGACUCCUGCCUCCAAGGGAGUCAUAAACUACAUAUCAGAUGGCUUCGCUGGAGGAGGAAUCACUAACACAGCCAGAAAAAGAUGCUAUCGAACGAUGAUGACAAUGGAAGGAUCUCAUCAAAACCCACCAGCCGCGACCUCAGCCGCCCACAUCAGUUUCAAUGCUGAUGGCUUUAAAUCGCAGACGCCAAAUUUAGAUGACCCAGUGGUGAUCUCAGUACACAUGGGAGAACUAACCGUGAAAAAUGUACUACUCAAUCCAGGAAGCAGUGCUGAUGUCUUAUUCUACUCCACGUUCAAAAAGAUGCAGCUAAGCGACAAGGCAUUGCAACCAUCAGGAGAAAAAUUGGCAGGGUUCUCAGGGGAAAAAGUCCCUAUAGCAGGUUACGAAUGGUUAAGAACAAUAUUGGGAGAACCCCCAAGUUCCAAAACACUAGACAUCCAGUUUCUGGUAGUCAAUUGUGUUAGUUCUUACAAUAUCAUUUUAGGACACACAUCAUUUAACUCUUUUGGAGCUAUUGUCUCUACCAUUCAUCUAUGUGUCAAGUUUCCCUUGCAGGAUAACACAGUGACGACAGAUGCUAUAACGCGAGUUUGA